AGCGAUAAAAGCGCUGAUCUCAUCACAGAUGCAUUGGAGUUCAUGUACACCCCUUGGCCUGACAACAGUAAUAAAUACGCAUUAAGAAGUCAACUUGUUGAUCUUAUUGGUGAUAACCUUUACUUUGCUCCUAGUCACAAAGUCGCUGAUGUUCACAGUCAGGUCGCUCCUGUUUACAUGUAUGAGUUUGCUCAUCGGGCAAAAACAAUUAUGGGUGCUGAUUGGAUGGGCGUGGUCCAUAGCGAAAAUGUUCCCUUUGAUUUCGGAGUUCCUUUGCUCCCGAAAUUUUUAUCUCUUUAUAGUCCCGCUGACAGAAAUGUCAGUUUGCUUAUUAUGACCAUGUACGCAGACUUUGCCCGGUCCGGCGAUCCUACAGUCAGA